GGGAAUGCUGGGAACGAUCAGCAGUACCAUGACGUCAUGCGGCAACAACAGCAACUGCAGUGGCAGUGUUUCAGAAGUAAGAUGAGAGAUGGCCACCUGUGGUGAGGGGACAGAUGAUGUUGUGGAGGACUCAGUAGACUCUGAUGGAACAGCAUCCCCACUCAGGACCAACAGAGAUGGACUUCUUAUGGGGAUGAACAGGUUAGUCAGCCAGAGUUGUGCAGGACCAAAGAAGGGUGCAGGAGACACAGACAACAGCACACUCCUCUGUACUGGAGAGGAACACAUGUUCAGCAGCUCUGCUGGACCAAAGAAAGGUGCAGGAGACACAGACAACAGCAGACUCCUCCGUACUGGAGAGGAACAGAUGUUCAGCAGUUCUACUGGACCAAGGAAGGGUGCAGGAGACACAGAGAACAGCAGACUCCUCCGUACCGGAGAGGAACAGAUGUUCAGCAGCUCUGAUGAGGACGAUUCUGAGCGGUCACAGCUUCUCUUGCCUCAGAGAAACAACAGCCAUGACCUUGCUGGGGAAGUACAAGAUGGCGGAGAUGGGACGGAGGGUUGUCGUCGAAACCAGAGCAGCAAGUGUUCAUUGGAAGGCAAGCAGACAAAGUGUGAGGAAGACAAAGGGGCUGCUGCAGUUCAGGACUCAGCUGAUAGGGGUGCUGCUGUAACAGAGGGUAUGGUGGAGGCCAAACUGUCACAAGAAGGAAAGAUGCAUCCAGAAGGACACUUAAGGAAGAUGGAAAUAGCAGAAGAAGUUGGAGCGGAAAGGAGUGAGAAUUGUCUUGAAAGGGGCAAGGAGGUUCCAAGAAUUCAAGAUGUCUUAGAAGGAAGUGGGCAAGGAGAGGAUGAAACAGAGAGGAAUAAGAGUCUUCUUGAAAAGGGAAAGCAGGUUACAAGAGGUCAAGAUGUCUCAGGAGAAAGUGGUGAGGUGUCCAAAGGGACAGGGUCGGAGAAGGGGAGUUCUUCACUGGACAGUCUUCAGGAGUCUGUAGCAGCUGUUUCUGAUGCAGGAGCAGACAAGACUCUGUGUGAACAGCAUGAUGAAGAGAUGCGGCUUCUGGGCAGGUUAGAAGCCAGACAGGAGAAGCUUGAGCCUCUUCUCAGCACCAUGGACAGAGCCACGGGCCAGAAAGUGAGCCGUGAGCUGUCCUGUAUCCAGUCCCUGAUCGGUACCCUGAUCCAGGCACACCAGCGACAGCGAAGGGCCAUCAGCGCUCUCAGCACAGAACAGAUGCAGGAACAGAUGCGGCUUUUCAUCCAGCGACACAAACGUCUGGUCCAGAUCUUCAGCGUCCAGAAAACAGCCACAGCAAAGUUCAAAGGUCGGAUCAAGGUCACAGCCUCACAGUCUAACACCAAGGUCACAGGUGUCAGUGAGAAUGACGUCAACCAAUCACAGCCCAUGUCACAGACUUCAUCAGAUAUCAGUAAUGAAAGGGAGAGGCUGAUUGGAAGAAAAUCUGUUGGUAAAAAAGGCAGAAAAAGUAAUGCUUCAAGUUCAAAAUCAGGGUCAUCUGAAGGAUCAAGUGUCAAAAGUCAAGGGUCAAGUACCAAACAUACAAUGACAUCAGUUCAUGGUGGUGUUUCCCCAAAGCUCCCUCUGUCAACUUCCUCCACAACUGCAGAAGCACCUUCGACAGACCCCAGUAAGGAAAGUGCAACUGCAGUGCAAGUCCUUCAGGCGCUGGAUGGCAGUUCACACCUCAGGGCUGUGAUGAAGGUUGGGUCUCUACAGAAGGGACAGAUAGUCCAAGUAGUCUCCCAGGGUGGGAAAGAACCUGUGCGAUACAGGGUCGUUGGGAUGGAAAACGUGGACACAGAAGGUCAGGUUCAGACACCAGAUUCUAUUGACAACCGAGUUGCUGCAAACUCUGGACAAACGAUCCAGCAUGCCAGUGAGAAUGUAGCAAAGAGUCCUGCCACAGUCGUAUCAGCUGUAGGACACACUGUUGCUACAACUGUAUCAGCUGGAAGUAGCACACUACCCUGGCAGGUAGCUACCACAGACUGCUCUCAGGCACUCCUAAAGACUCAAGCUUGGAAGCCGCCAUUUAAACCUUCUGAUGGUGUUUCUUCAGUGACACAAGGCGUCUCAGAAGUGACGGAAACGAAUGUAAGGCCGACUCAAGUAGAAAUGGUUAACAGUGCAAAAGGAACCGUAGGAACUGAUGUUUCUAAGCAAAGUAGAGCCGAAGUUUUGUGGCAGAAGAUUGUACCGCAAGUCCAGAAACAAUCAGUUACCCCUGCAAAAACUCUGCCUUCAACAGCCUUGAAGGAGUGCCUGGUUGGAACAAAGGGACUGUCCACUAUGGGUGGGGUAGGAGGGCAACUCCAGGGACUGUCCACUUUGGGCGUUGAAGGAGGACAGCAUAUCCAGGGACUGUCCACUACUGGUGGCGUAGGACAUCUUCAGGGACUGUCCACUAUUGUUGGAACAGGAGGACAGGCCAAGGGACAGUCCACUACUGGUGGGUUGGGAGCACAGCCCCGUAGACCACCAGCUACAGGUGUGUCAGAAAAACAACUCCAGGGACUGUCCACUACUGUCAUGGCAGGAGCACAGCAUACUCAGGGACUGUCCACUACAGUCAUGGCUGGAGGACAUCAUACUCAGGGACUGUCCACUCCUGCUCUGAUGGAAGGCCAGACCGCGGGUACAGAGGUGCCGACUGUAUCAGAGCUGCUCCGAGCCCAGCUGAUCCAGCCGGGGAAAGAUGUGCUGUCCUGUAAGGGGAAGGCUGGCCUGCAGUUUGCCAGCCUGCAGCCAGAUGGCGCUGUGAUGACCCAGGGUGGCCUGUCCUUCUCCACAGUGGCCCAGUGGCACCGGGCCAUCUGGGGCCACCGGACGGGCCAGAAACGGGCCAUGGUGUUUAGACAGGUGUGUUACAAAGGAACUCCACUUGCAGAUGUCUCCUCAAAAUUUACACCUGCAGCGAAGACUAUCACACCUGGACCUGCACACCUCAAGCACAUGCAGGGGGCUGGUGGAACACCUGUCGGACAAGCCGCCAUACCUCUACAGUCUACAGUACAGGUGCAGCCCAUCCAGGGGACAGGUGUGACACUUGCAGGGAAAACCAUCGCACCUGCACCUGCGCACCUGAAACACAUGCAGGGGACUGGUGGAACACCUGUUGGACAAGCCGCCAUACCUCUACAGUCUACAGUACAGGUGCAGCCCAUCCAGGGGACAGGUGUGACACCUGCAGGGAAGACUAUCACACCUGGACCUGCACACCUCAAGCACAUGCAGGGAGGAACACCUGUUGGACAGGCCACCAUACCUGUGCAGCCCAUCCAGGUGAAAGGUGUUACACCUGCUGAACAAACUGUCACACCUGUACAGGUGCAGCACACCCACAGCAGCCUCCAGGAAGAUGUUGAGGUAAUGGAGGAACAGCAGCUAUGUUUCCCUCCCCUGUUCUGGAGGUAA